AAUGUUUUGAUGCUAGACCUUCAUUCCAGACACAAUAAAAACACAACACGUAAAAAAAUGAACUACAAAACAAAAUACAUUGCCCAUAGAGGCUAACAGUGUAAGUAUUGAACCAUGACAUUAAAAUAAUGUGUGUUACUCUUUGAGCAAUAAACUGUUUUAGUCUUAAAUAGUAUUUCGACUAGACUUUUAUAGGUGGAUACUAAAAGCUUCUAAAAUGGGUUUCAGUGUUCAAUGUGAGGAUAUAUCAUGGCCUGAUGAGACACUGAAGUUAAACCCUGACACACCCAUGGUGCAGCCACACAGGUGUUUUUUAUUUAUGUUGUCUAAUUAAACCUCCUCUCAGGGCUUAUUAGUUCAUAGAAGUCGGUUACAUCAGGUAAUUCCCAGAACACCUCCACCUAACUUCAGCGUGAGAGAGUUUUAAUAAGCCAGUGAGACUGAAAACACCUGCGCACUGCCUCUAAUAGACCAGUUCUCUAAUGCCUGGAAAAUAACAUCUGCAUUAAUGUAAUCAGAUAAUUGGAAAGCAUUUUGCUUAAAAACAGAUGAUUAUUUCAAAAAAAUCUGCAUCAUGUUGUUUUCUGACAUGCUGAUAUGUCUCUGUGUGCAUAUUAUAGCCUGUAAUGAAGUGGUACUGUACUUAAGUACAAAUUCAUUCAUUACUUGAGUAUUUUAUCCUCAUGCUGCUUUACACUCUACUACAAUUUAUAGGAAAAUAUUGUACUUUUUACCCCACAACAUUAAUUUAACAACUGCAGUUAAACCUUUUCCCCAAAGUAUAUAUAUUAAGAGUUUUGCACACAAAACAUAAGAAAAAGCUUAUAAAAUACGUGCUGUUAUUAAUUCAUCCACUGUAUUAAAAUAUAGAGCUGAAAUGAUUACUCAGUCAGCUGAUUGACAGAAAAUGAAUGAGAACUUUGUUCUUAAUGAUUAGAGUCAUUUUUCAAGCAAAAUGAAAACAUUUAAUCAUUUUAUUUUAUUUUUUGAUAAUUUUGAGGUUUGGAUUAUUGUUUGGUCAAAACAAGUGUCAUUAAGAUGUCACUGUUUUCUGACAUUUUACAAACAAGCAACCAAAUCAGUUAUUUGAGGAAAUAAUCAAGGCAUGAAUCCAUGAUAAAAACAAUUAUCAGUCACAGUCCUAUAUGGUGUAAUUAGAUGAAACAGAUAUUGACUUUGUAAAUGUGGAAGAUGCACAAAGCCAGAGGUAGCUGUUCACAUAUGAAGCAUUUAAAUUAGAAGGUAAACCCUUGAUCAGGAGUUGUUUUUUUGUUCUGUUAACUGUUCAUUUGAACUUUCUCCACAUAAAGAAGUUAUUUGAAAGAAAAAUGUUCAAACUUUUUUCUUUUGCUGUUUUGUUUUUGUAUAUAUACUACUAGAAGAUGCAUGUUUUGUAAAAAUAGCAAUGUUUUAUAAUCCUGAGUGGGAUUGGACACGUGUUUGGCACGACACAGAACUAAAAAUUGAACUAAAAAAACUAUUUAAACUAGUAUACUUGAAUGAGUAAUAAUAAUGUAAUGAUAUAAUACAUAACAGUACAUCAAUUUUCCUGGAAGCACUGACAUACCUUUACUUCAGUACCAUGUUUAAUGUAUUUUUACAGGGUGGUAUUGAUAGUUUUACUUUGACCAAAAAAGAUUUGUCAUGCCUAUCUCUAUGAGCUCGGGUGUGUUUCUAUACUCUGGCCAGCAGGGGCGGCAGAGCGCUAACGGACAACGACAGGAAGCGCAAAGGCUCAUGGUACUUUUAGUUCUCAGUGAAGGACGGUUGGCCCGAUAACACCACGAAGAACAAACCCGCAUAUUUACCAUCGAAAAUAAAACACCAGCCUCGAAUUCAGCAUCAAUACAAGCUUCGUGUGCGCCGAGUCCGGAUAAGUUCGGGUGGAUUCGUUCGUCGUACGGAGAACAUCGGCUCAGUUUUUGGUGGAAAACAAACAGGAAGUUGUUAGCGUUGUGGGACGUGUAGUUCCGCUUGCAGGCCGCGGAGCUUGAUAACAACGCACAGAAUAAAGAAACAACAAUAAAAUAAUUUAAGUGUCACCCCGAGACCGCGUCUUUACCCUUGGCGCUGAGACAAACAUGCCCGGGUUCACCUGCUGUGUGCCUGGCUGCUACAACAACUCGCACCGGGACCGGGACCUGCGCUUCUACACGUUUCCUAAGGACACCUCGCUGAGGGAGCUGUGGCUGAGGAACAUCUCCCGGGCCGGGGUCAGCGGCUGCUUCAGCACCUUCCAGCCCACAACCGGGCACAGAGUCUGCAGCGUGCAUUUCGCCGGAGGGAGGAAAACCUACAGCAUCCGAGUACCGUCCCUUUUCCCUCUGCGGGGGGUCAAUGAGCGCAGGAGUCGGAGGGGCAGGGGCAGGAAAGUGUCCGCGGGGGUUCCUGCCCCCGCCGCCGCGGCGACCUCGGGGAUCGUCCUCACCAGCGUCUUGGGCAGCACGGCGGAAGGAGCCGAAGGCAACGCCGGCGGCGAGGCGAGCGACGACAGCAUCACCGUGGUUCAGAUAGGCCAAAACGGGGAGUACCUGGGCACAGCGCGGCUGCCCGCCCAGUCAGAGGGGACUUGUUACACCGCACCGGUCGGCAGCGCGGACGAGCUCACCGCCGACGACUCGUCGGUCGAAGCCGCGUCCGCCUUGCACCAGCUGCCAGUGCAGUACGUCAGUGUGACCAGCAGCCCGCUGGACCACUCGUACUCGCUGACCACCGGCACCACGUCGGCCGAGCUGCUGCGGAAACUGAACGAGCAGCGGGACAUCAUCGCGCUGAUGGAGGUGAAGAUGAAGGAGAUGAAGGCGACCAUCCGCCAGCUGCGGGUCGCCGAGGCCAAGCUGCAGGAGGAGGUGCGGGAGCGGGACCGGCUGCUGUACGGAAACUCAGUGGCUUUCAGCGUCCGGAAGAAAAUCUGAUGGGCAAACAUCAACGGAGACGACCCGUUACAGAGACUCAGACUAACGGAGAUGACACCGAUUGGUUUUGAAGACGGCAGAUCCAGCCCUAUUUUGUAUAAAUCUACGAGCGAUGACAAUUUAUUUUCAUCAAGUAGAGAUGAUUUUUCGUAGGCCUGAUGUAAAAAAGUUGGCUGCCUAGUUUAUGUAGCUGAUAGUAAUAACCUCAUUGCUAAUCACAUACAAAACAUGCACAGUCCGCUCUGGCCUGCAGUCUAACCACGGUCAAUAAUACACAUUUCAUUUAUUCAACCGGGACUGUAGUCUUGCACAGACUUACAAGUCAGGCGGGCAUGCAUAUGAAAAGGCGGACUGAUGUUGCAUUCAAAGGUUUUCUCAUUAAGAUUUCUUUUGACAGUUUUUAUUUCCUUACUCAUGAGCAGAAACUAGGAGGUUGGUGCAAGAAACCUCAGAAUAGAUUGUGGAGGUGAUGUAAAGUACACCACGCUGAAGUAUCCAUAGGAUUUUUUGUAACCAAAACACUAUUCUCAGCACAUGUAAGGUGUUAGUCAGUGACAUAAAACUCUACCAUGACUUUAUCUGAGUUGCCUUCAAAGGUACUCUAAGUUGUUUUCCUUUUAUUUUUGUUGCUAAAGACAUUUGUGCAACAGAAAAAGGACUUAAAGGAAUUCCUUAAAACUUGAAAGGCCACUCAAAAGGUUGAAAUCUUAUCAAAGGACGUUUCCUGAAGACAUGCAUUAAGUUACAAUUUACUGUUUUCUUUUUCCUUAGGAAAUCUUAAAGAGAAGUUCGUAGAAAAACCUUUUUCUGGAGACACGUUAUGCAACUUGAACAUGUAUGUUUGUCUCUGAGGCGAUUCUGUGAAACAGCGCCUGCCUGUUUCUGUGUGAUCCAUUCUUUGUGCCUGUUUCUGGUCAGAUUGUUUUCUCUCUCACACAGAAGUUUUAGUGGCUGCAUCUCUCUGUCCUGUUCAUGAGUGUUUUAUGCACAGGAUGUUAGACACACAUGCAUUUCAUUUGCUCUGCUGUCAUUUUAAAGUAAAUUUCAUUUUGAAAUAGA